CUACUCUUCUUUCCAGUGUAUUAGGGAGACCACCCUCUGAUCUCCCGCCCUCCGGCAUCACUCCACCAUGGGGCAGACCAUCAGCAAACGCUCUUCUAGGCCCUUCCAGAACGUCACUUUCCACUCCACCUUCAAACGCGACACCUCCAGUUGCCCCCCCUACUAUCAAAACACAUCUCCUGGACCGAGCAUCUUCUCCACGCUAAGGAGGGCCCCCGUUGCCAAGCCCAACGAUUUCAUACCUCUCUUCAAUGACUGCAUCUCAGCCGCCUCAUCUAGAACCCAGGAGUACCUUCUCUUCAAGGACCCGGAGGACAAGUUCCACCCCAGCCCCGAGGUGCUCACUCAGGUCUUCCUGAUGACUUACAUUUCCCAGAGUGUCAACCUUAACAUGACGGACAUCUUCAAUUGCACAGCCAUGACGCCUGAGCAACGCAUCCUCCUGGGGGCUGACUGGGUGUGGGCCCUGCUGGAGAAGCCCACCAAGAACCCUCGGAUCCAGAUUGCCGUGCAGGUGCUGCACUUGCCUGAGAGGGAGGGCACCAAUGAGGGUAGCGUCAACCCGGAGGUCUGCAGUGAGUCCGUCCAGAUGGCCCAGAUGGAAUCCAGCAACAAGAACAUGUAUGAGAGGAUGGUAGACUUCUGCACCUCCAUCGGCAAGGACUGCUACGCCCUCUUCUUGUUCUUUGGGAAGAAAAGUGACACAGGGAAUAUCUACGGUGUCCUCAGCAAUAACUUUGAGGCGGCAAUCGGGAAGUGCAACAAGAUUGACAGAGCUUUUAUUGAGAACUUCUUCAAAGGCUCAAGGUAUCUCCAUACGCCUACAGGAAUGAUGCAGGCCAUAGUCACCAAGAAAGAGGGGGACUCUCUCACACUCAUGAUUAAAUUCAGCUGAACCAAAGGGACUCAUAACAUUUAAUGGCAAAUAACCUGAUAAAAUGACACAGUAAUAAACUUUAUGUGGUAGAAAUUAGGAGGCAGUUGAUGCGUCUCUUGAGAAACAACCUCCUAUCUGCCAAGAUGCUGAAUUUGAUAAAGUAGGAGGUAUUUGAAAGAACCUUCUGGCCAUUUUCACCCUGGUUUUUGCCAUCAUUAAGACCGGUUGUGUACAACUUUGUAACCACUUUAGAGCUUUCUGCUGUUUACUUAAGAGUCCUGUUUUUCAAAAGGUGAAUUCAUAAAUGGAUUUAAACACGACAUUCAAACAAAAGAACAAACAGAGCCGAAAGGUUUUACGCUGUUUGGAUUAGUCCACUUCAAAAAAUUUUCUAAAAAGUUUUAGUGGGUUUUGGAUUUGACUGUUAGAGAUUGUGUUUUACAGUGUAAAUUUCACCAUGUGCAUUUUACUCUGAACUACAUGAUGGCAAAAAACAAGGGAAGUUAUACCAAAGGUUUAAAAUAUGUGGAAUUAUCUUCUAAGUAUGUUCAAAUAAACACCCUCCAAAUACAUAUUUGGUCAAGGAUUCCCCCUAAAAUCAGUUUAUCCGAAGCAUUUAGAUUUUUUUUAACAAAACCUUCUCACAGUGGACAUUUUGCCAAACACAGGUGUCACUAAUAACAUUAAUGAUGUCUUCACUCUAUUGAUCUGCUUUUCCACAAGGGGCCUUGCUUGUACAACUCACUGCUGCAUGUAAAAGGAACAGAGUUGUUGUUAAUGUCAUUAGUUACACCUGUGGUUUUCCAGCUGUGACUGGUCAAAUAUGAAAAAAGGUCAAAACUUGUGAAAUACAGGUAGUGUUGUGCUCGAGGACUGUCUUUAUCAUAUAAACUCAAGAAAAACGAGGGUGCUCUUGAAGAAAAGGGUCAUCACAUGGAAGGAAAAACAAACUUCAGGAACUCAUGUUUGUAGCAGAUACAAAUAAAAUUCCUUCCAUAUGAGAAAAGGUCUUUUAAAUAUGAUUUAUAACAAAACUCAAUACCCUUUUACAGUUUCUUGGAGGAAAGAACUGAAUUGUAUAAACUAUUGUGCUGUAACCCAAGAUGCAUACACUCAAACCAGCUUAAAGACGGAGUUCACCUGAUGGUAGUAGGUCACUGUAUUUACCUGCAUGUCUAGCAAACUCCAAGUGAAUGGGAAGGUGUUUUUUAGAGACAAUAACCAAAGAAUGACUUGACACUUCAGUGGAUACAUUUGCAUAGAAGUCUCACUGUGCCAAGACAACAUGUAAAUGUGAACCAAGUCGAUGCGUCGUUCACAGAGAUGUGGUGCAUAUAACACUGAGCAGCUUGAGCAACAUUUUAGCAUAAACUAUUCUACAAUUUGGAAGAGAAACAUUUGUUCUAUGUAUGAGUACUUUUAACUGAAAUCGCUUUACUUUUUCAAAAAUUUGUGGCACAUUCUGCAGUGAGUUAAAACCAAUAAUGAAUGUACUGUUUCUGUAAGGAGAGUAUUAGGUUUGUGGAAGAGUAGCUAGUGAAGUCAUUUUAUUAACACAGACAUAAUUGCAUGGAAAAUCUAUGAUAUAGAUAUAACUUGGAGAGGG